UGAACGUUCAACAUCAUGGCGAAGAAGCAGAAGCGCGGCCCGACGGCGGCAAGGACGACAAACACAACGAUGCUGGCGAAAAACAAGUUCGACAAAGGAUGGAAGCGAGUAGAUCUAAGUGACAACAUGCUGGAAGGCUUUGACGACGGAAACGCGUUCGAACUCGAAGAGCUCACAGACUACACAUUGGAGGACGAUGGGUUUGGGGGCAAAGUACUCAUUGCUGGCGGAAACACCUCGAAUGCAACUGCAGCCAAAAAGAAGACGAAGGCAAAGUCCAAGGAAAAUGCAACCGAAAAAGCUGCUGGCAAGAAUUCUAUCAAAGGGUCGACAAUCAAAGGUGACAAGCAGGCAGCACGAACCGCAACUGAAUUCAGCAAUGACGACGACGAUGUCAUUCAAAAAAAUCCUGUUCCCGUCGUCUCCACAUCACCAUCCACCAGUGCUGAUGGUGAGAGUGGAAAGAAAAAGAAGCGAAAGCGAUCAAAAAAGGCAAAUAAAGAGCCUGACUCGACAGAGCAGCAUAACACCGCAGGUGAAGUUGGCGACAAUGACCAAGACUGUGACCUUCCACCCGACGACGUGGCAGAUCACUCAGCGAUAAUCGCGGCCGCAGCUGAAGAAGCCUUGCCUGUCUUGCCCGGUUGGGCCAAGUUCAAGCUCCACCCCACGUUGAAUGCUUCGUUGACGCGGCUGGCUUUCGCUGCCCCCACCACAAUUCAAGCACUGACUCUCAUACCGGCCAUGAUCGAGCAGCGCGAUGUAGUCGGCGCUGCCCCAACCGGGUCCGGUAAGACGCUAGCGUUUGGUCUGCCCGUGCUGCAGUACUUGCUACGGUCGAACGAGCCGCGUGCCAAGUGCCGUGCCUUGAUAUUGACGCCGACACGCGAACUAGCAAUCCAGAUCGUGGCCCACUUGCAAGCUAUGAUUCCAGACAAACGCCGCGUCGGGAUUGUGUCACUUGUCGGUGGCAUGGCUAUCCAGAAACAGCAGCGCCAGCUUUCGUACCGCCCGGAAAUUGUCGUUGCGACCCCCGGACGCUUGUGGGAAGUGAUGGAAUCGGGAGAGACUCCCCACUUUGACACGUUGCAAGACGACUUGCGCUUUUUGAUCGUCGACGAAGCCGAUCGUAUGCUGCAGCAAGGCAGCUUUCCGCAACUCGAGUCGAUCUUUGAGCGCGUGAACAAGGGCAAAGUUCUGUUUGCGCCAAAAGAAGAAAGCAGCGACGAUGACGAGAAUAACGAGGACGAUGAAGGCAAAACCGCUGGUGAUGACGGCAUCGUCAUGUUGGACGACGUGCUCAAGCAGCACGCCGAGAGCGAAGCUACGGUCCCAGUUGUUGUUGCCGCGACGCCAAAGAAGACAUUUUUGCGGCAAACGUUUUUGUUUUCGGCAACGAUGACGUUGAAAAAUGCUGGGCGGUACCAAACAAAGAAGACGAAGAACCCGAACGCCCUCACCAUGCUCGAAAGCAUCAUGAAGCGCAUUGGUCUCCGCGGCAAGCCCGCGGUUGUCGACCUAAGUGCGAAGGAGACCUCGUCCAACGACGAAGCGACUGCCACCACGCCGAGCAGAGGCGCCGAAGUCACGUUGCCGGAAGGGUUGGAGCUGGCCCAAGUCGAGUGCUUGGACGAGCAUCGAAACAACGUGCUGUACUACUUUUUGACCCAAUACACGGGUCGCACGAUCGUGUUUUUGAAUGCCAUUUCGGGGGUCCGGAAGCUCGCCGGCGUGCUGCAGCUGCUCAAGUUGCCCGUGUUUGCACUGCACGCAGAAAUGCAGCAAAAGCAGCGUCUGAAGAAGCUGGACCAGUUUCGCGCGAACGAAAAAGGCAUCUUGAUUGCGACCGACGUCGCCGCGCGCGGGCUCGACAUCCCGUCCGUCGACUAUGUCGUGCACUAUCACAUUCCCCGGUCCGCGGAAACAUUUGUUCAUCGCAGCGGGCGCACGGCCCGUGCGUCCAACCACGGGUUGAGUAUCUCGUUCGUGGCCCCGAUUGACGCGAAAUACCAUGCCCAGAUCUGCAACGUUCUCCACCGUCCGUCGGGCUUUUCGAUGUUUCCAGUCGACCACAAAUUCCUUCCUCUCAUCAAAGAACGCGUCAAGCUGGCCGAGUCGAUCUUUGCGACCGAGAACAGCGAGAACAAGGUCAAGAGCGAGGCGACGUGGUUCCAGCAAAUGGCCGAGGCGGCGGAUCUCCCGUUCGACGACGACAUGCUUGAUGUAGCGCCCAAGAAGGACACGUCGAAAGUCACCAGCCAGCGCGCCGAGCUGCACCACCUCCUCAUGGAACCCCUCCGCCCGAUCGGGUCCAAGCGCAAGUUCUUCCGUCUCCACGAAGACAUCAAGAGCAACAGGAUCUCGGCCGAUGGAGAGUACAGUGUCCGUGACGCCAACCUCGAUCUCAUGCAAAAGUCCAAGAAACAUUCGCUCAAGCGCUUCCGAAAGCGAUAAUUUAACACGAUCAUUUUGUCGA